CAAAGGCUUGUAGAAAAUGUUAACUAGGCGAGACAAAAUUUUAGUAAGACCGUGGGAAGACAGGAAAUACGAAAAUCAUUUGAGAAAAAUCCAAUCAGCGCUUCCGGUAAUUGAUAAUAGGACACCACCAACAAGAGAACACGUAUCGACUAAGCUGAAGAAGAAGCAGAAGGAGGUCGAGAGAAUAGCCAAAAUCGAAGUUGAAAAUUUAAACUUACUGAGAAAAAUGAAUUUCAUAAUGCGAACCAAUAGAGUCGACAAUUAUUGGACAAAACCACUGCCAAAUUUCCUGAAUCGAGUUACUAUUUACGAGACGCCAAAGAAAUUUAAACUGGAAGAAGAUUUCGCUGAUUUGCAGUUAAAACGCGAACCGAGUACAGAUCACUUAAGAAAAUCAAAGUGUUCCGCAUGUUCACCGAAAAAAUAUCAAAAAUAUACUAUUUGCGAAGGUAGAGUACCUUGGGAACCACAGCGUGGUCAAGUCGGAAGAGGUAGAAGCAAAUCAGUUCCAUCGAGGGAAAAUACAUUGCCGAUGAUUUCUGAGAAGCCAAAGAAGAAGAAGCCAAAAUCUACGGAAUCUAUUAAAAAGAUGCGUAGCUUUGAAGACUGCAUUACUAAUAAUCCACAAAAGUUGGUGCUCACUAGCGGUUCUUUGAAGCUAUCUUUAAAUUUUCCUUCGGACACCCAAAUUAAAUUACACAGCGGUCCUUCGGAGAAAGUAUUAAUAGGUGGGGCGAUUUGCAAUUUAUUUCAGUUAUUCGGAUUGUUACUAAUCUCGACAGCAAUUUUGUCUGAAUAUCAAGAGAAAACUGACAAACAUGUUGAUUACUUUGCCCCAGUUAAAUACACCUAUUCUUAUGGUGUAGAAGAUUUCAAGACCGGUGAUUACAAAAUGCACAAAGAAGAAAGAAAUGGAGAUGUUGUUAAAGGGGAAUACCGAAUUGCUGAUCCCGAUGGAUCAAUUCGAACUGUCACUUAUACAGCCGACAAAGAACAUGGAUUUCAAGCUAUUGUUAAACAGUCGGUACCAUUUGCAGACUCUCAUACAAUGAAUACAACUCACAAUACCGAAGAUUUCCAUGAACAAAAUGAAAAAUCGUUUUCUCAAUAUGAGCCUCAUUCUUAUGGAUCAGUUGAAUCAGAUAACAAUGACUUCAAUGAACAAUCAAUUAAUGAAGUUAAAGAGUUAUCAAAGAAGCAAAACUACAAUUUCCAAAUUGAUGGUACAGAAAUAACUCAAAAUCAUGAGGAUGCGUUCCAUGUUGGACAACAUAAUUAUGAAGCUAGUGCCGCUGAAGAAUUAUAUUAUGCACCACCUCUUAUUAAAAUUCCUAAAGUGGAAAUUAAUGGUAAAUUAUAUAAGAAUAAUAUGAACGCAGAACAAAACUUUGCAACUCAAUCAUACUACAUUCCUGUUGAUUAUGAAGGUUAUCCUAACCAAUAUUACGUUAAAAAUGCCAAGCAAGAUUUCCAAGAAUUGAUUUAUCAACCACAACAUUUCAAUAUUAAAAAUGAAGAUAUUUUCAAGCAAGUAGAUAAUAAUAAACAAGGAUUAUCGUAUCAAACAGUUAGUACGAAAUCUGAUGAAACCCUGAAGUCAACUCAAGAUUUAGUAAAAUCUCAAUCUUCAAUUGGAUUCCAAAGCAAAUCUUAUACCAAACAGCAGCAAGGAAAUCAAAAACAAGCAGUUUCAUAUCAAAGUGUUAUGAAUGGAAAACAAUCACCAGUGGGAAAACAUGACAAAUAUUAUCAAGGAGCUAAGAAUAAUCAAGAAUAUACUACCAAUGUUCAAAAACAAGCCAAAAAUCAUAUGGUUAAAAAUCCAAUGCAAUCGAAGAAACAGUUUAAAUAUCCAGAAUAUGUUAACAAACAAUACAAAAUGCUAAGUUACUAUAUUCAACCAAGCAAUUUAAAAAUGUAUUCCAUGCCAAAUUAUGAAUCAUAUGUUUUUGAUGAUGGUUCCAAAUCUAUUCAUGAAAUUCAAGGAUAUCCAACACUCCAAUUGGAGGAAAAGGACAGACUUUAA